AUGGUGUCCACUCGUCGCUCGCAGGACAUCGGUCAGCCACCGACUACUCCGUCCGACGCCGUCCGCAGAAGCGCCCGUAUCGAGCAUAACACUGCCUCACCCGCCAGCGGUAGUAUCAGCUGCGGCAUCUCCAGACUUAGCUUCAACGAUCCUCCAAGUGGCGCCCGAAAGAAAACUCCAUCCACUACGAAAUCCCUCAAGCGUGCUUUUGACGACCUUGAGGACUCUGAGAACGAAGAGGUUGCUACUGGAACGCCUUCCAAGAAUCACAAUGUCCCCAAGGAUCGCCCAGCCUCACGCAGCAAGAAUUGCCGCCAGACUGCUGCUGGUGAGAAGAAUAUGUCGCUCUCUCCGGACUCUGAGAAGGAGGAGUUUCGUAGCGCACCGUAUUCCAAGAAUCAUAUUGUCCCCGAGGACCACCCAAUCUCAUGCAAGAGCAAUAAUGGCCUAGCUCUGCAUUCCGCCCAGAUGAACUCGAGGAGCGCCUCGAUGCAGGACGACAUGGAAGCAGCGGUGAUGGUGAGACUUUAG